AUGCGCACUUCGGCCACUAGGACUCCAACAUUGGAGAUCAAGGGCUCUCGCCUCGCUUUCACGAUACCUGCUAUGUGCUCCAUCCGUGGCAUGGACCCAAUGCUUGCUGCUCUGCUUGUACAAGCGCAUUCUACCCCUCCCCCUCCCAUCCCCUCUCGUGCUACUACUGCUGCUAGUUACUGCUUCUUCUUCAUGCAUCGUCAAGUUGAAGUCUUUGCGAUCCUGAAGCUGCAGCCCCAUCCCUCCAUGGUUGCUAAUGGCAUGGAUGACCCCACGCUGCGAAAGCAGACCUGCGUCCGCGUGCUGAUAUGCCGACUCGAGACCGCUUUCAAUAGCAACCUAACCUAG